AUGCUUUGCCGCUUUUCUAGUCCGUCGUUCCGGUACUCUUCUUCGACUUGCUCCGCCUUUUCUCACCUCCUGCCGACUUUGUUCGCAUUCUUUCCUCCUUCGCCAUCGUCUUACCUGCGUCCUGUUCCAUUUUAUUCCCCAGCCCGUUGCCUCCUACUUCCCUCCCUCUCCUACCAUUUCAGUGUACACACUCCAUGGAGGAGGGUGGUUGACGAGACUGGCAUGGAUUUGCUGGGUUUGCACAAGUCGCCAAAGCCUGCCAAGCUCAAAUCGACAAUCUCACGGUACCUAUUCAGCACCCCCAAAGAAGACAUUCUCUUAGUUUUCAAUACUACCGAUCUGCCAAUCCUUUUCACUUUACCUUUUACAUUGAAGGUUCAUUGA